AUGGCUGCCGCGCGCCUCUCCCGCUGGGUGGCCCCCGGCCGGCUGGGCGGCACGCGACGGCUGUCCACCGCGCCGGUGAUGAGCAUCGCCGGGCAGAGCCGGGAUGGCAAGGCCAUCUACCUCGACUCGCAGGCGACAACCCCGAUGGACCCGCGCGUGCUGGAUGCGAUGCUUCCCUUCCUGUCCGGCCAGUUUGGAAACCCGCAUUCGAAGAACCCACGAAGCAACCUCAACAUCUCCUUCGCCUACGCGCUCAAAGACAUGGCCGUCUCCUCGGGCUCGGCGUGCACCUCCGCCUCGCUCGAGCCCUCGUACGUCCUCCGCGCGCUCGGUGUCGACGAGGAGAUGGCGCACACCUCAAUACGCUUCGGCAUCGGCCGCUUCACCACCGAGGCCGAGGUCGACUACGCGGUCGAGAAUUGCGUCAAGCACGUCGAGCGGUUGCGCGAGAUGUCUCCGCUGUGGGAGAUGGUGCAGGAGGGCAUCGACCUCAAGUCGAUUCAAUGGUCGCAGCACUAGCGGCGCGCAUACGCUAGCCCCCCCCCCACCCGCCCACAAAGGUUCUCCACCCCUCCACACGUGACUUUCCUCACACGUUCGCCAGAUGCCCCAUUGAAACACUCUCUGUUGUGCAGUUAGAGAGCGGAAGCGGAACGGCUGACAUGCCGAGUCCUGAGAGAAUCUCUGGCGCGACACACGUGAGGUGACAGGUGUGUGUUUCUCACCAGAGACUCGGACGAGCCAUCUCGUUCUUUCAUCCUC